AUGGGCUCGUCCUCUGAAGAGCACGCUUAUCACGCCCAAGAUACGAUUGGGAGGACAAUCAAAACCAUUGGGCUUACGGGCUCCGUGGGUCUGUUUGCAUCAGCUGUUCAAAACACCCUCGCUCGACAGAACGUGGGACCAUGGGGAAUCUUCGUGAGAAGUGGCGGUACCAUCGGUAUCUUUGCUGCCAUGGGAGGUACAUAUGAAUUCGUUAAGACUGCGUCCGCCAACCUCCGAGAGACCGAAGACUACUGGAAUGUCGCUCUUGGAGGCUUCUUCUCUGGUGCAAUUCUCGGGCUGCGAGCUCGGACAUUCCCCGCUCUUCUCGGUUACGGCGCGGCACUUGCUACCACAAUGGGUGCGUUCGAGUACACUGGUGGGACGCUGUAUGGCCGUAGGCCGGAGCGCAGCGAGGACGAAUUUGAGCGUCGAACACAAUUGAGGACGCAGUGGAGGACUCCUGGUGAGCAGACACUGGCUGAGCUCGGUGAGGGACGUGGUAUCUAUGGCCCUGGAUAUAAGGAGCGGCGAGCAGAGAGGAUCAAGGAGGCAUACGGAAUUGACGUUCCUACCUCCAGCGUCCCCGCUUCAUAA